CUCUUUUUUUUCUUCUAUUUUUUUUUUUAAUGCUGCAUGUUGGUGGGUGUAAAGAAAUGGCCUCGAGUGCUGUAGUGCGUGAGAUAACGUAACUCGUUUGUCGUGAGGCUGACGGGCUUUCUCCAGGAUUAGGGAUGGUGGCUGCACUCUGCUGCUCCUGCCCGGGGACGAUGACGACCGACGAGGGCACCAAGCCCGAAGGGGAGGUGCAGGCGGCCGCCCUGGCCGAGCGCGGGGAGGACAUCACGCCCGCUCGGGACCGCGGCGUGCUGAAGAUCAUUAAGAGGCCGGGCAACGAUGACGAGUCCCCGAUGAUCGGGGACAAGGUUUACGUGCACUACAAAGGCAAGCUGGCCAACGGCAAAAAGUUCGACUCCAGCCGCGAUCGGAACGAGCCCUUCAUCUUCAGCCUGGGCAAGGGCCAGGUGAUCAAGGCGUGGGACAUCGGGGUGGCUACCAUGAAGAAGGGCGAGGUGUGCUACUUGCUGUGCAAGCCGGAAUACGCCUACGGGGCCGCCGGCAGCGCCCCAAAAAUCCCCUCCAACGCCACCCUCUUCUUCGAGGUCGAGCUGCUCGAUUUCAAAGGCGAGGACCUGUUUGAGGACGGGGGGAUAAUCCGGAGGAUCAAGAGGAAGGGCGAAGGCUACUCCAACCCCAACGAAGGCGCUACGGUGGAAAUUCACCUGGAGGGCUUCUGCGGCGGCACCCGCUUCGACUGCAAGGACGUGAAGUUCGUGGUGGGCGAAGGGGAGGACCACGACAUCCCCAUCGGCAUCGACAAAGCGCUGGAGAAGAUGCAGCGGGGAGAGCACUGCGUCCUCUACCUCGGGCCACGGUACGGCUUUGGCGAGGCGGGGAAGCCCAAGUACGGCAUCCAGGCGAACGCGGAGCUGGUGUACGAGGUCACGCUUAAAAGCUUUGAGAAGGCCAAAGAGUCGUGGGAGAUGGACACCAAAGAGAAGCUGGAGCAGGCCGCCAUCGUCAAGGAGAAGGGGACGAUGUACUUCAAGGAGGGGAAAUACCUGCAGGCGGUGAUCCAGUACGGGAAGAUCGUGUCCUGGCUGGAAAUGGAGUACGGCUUGUCCGAGAAGGAGUCGAAAGCCUCCGAUUCCUUCCUGCUGGCUGCCUUCCUCAACCUGGCCAUGUGCUACCUGAAGCUGCGCGAGUACACCAAGGCCGUCGAGUGCUGUGACAAGGCGCUGGGGCUGGACCAGGACAACGAGAAGGGCUUGUACAGGCGGGGCGAGGCCAGGCUGCUGAUGAACGAGUUCGAGCUGGCAAAAUGUGACUUUCAGAAAGUGCUGGAAGUGAACCCACAGAACAAGGCCGCCAGGUCGCAGAUCUCCGUCUGCCAGAAGAAGACGAAGGAGCACAACGAGCGGGACAGGAGGAUAUACGCCAACAUGUUCACCAAGUUUGCGGAGAGGGAUGCGAAGGAAGCGGCUAGCAAAACCGGGGUAGAAAAAGAGGCAGCGAAAGCGGCUUGUGCACAGGGGCUGGAAACGGCCGGUGCUGGAGGCAAAGAGGCCGAAGGCCACGUAUGAUGGAGGGGCAGGAGGAAGGGAGAGCCUCCUGCCCUCAGCCCGCACAGAGAACGGUUUUUGCCAGGACUUAAGGACUCGCCAGUGUUUUCUUGUAAAGCUUGUUACAGUUCGUGUGAUCGUGGAAGCAAAAGCGCCUCGCAAAGAAAAACAAACCCAGUCCUGCUGCCGCGGGUGCGCUCGCGGCUGGGCGCGAGCAGCGGGACGGCGUGGGACCACCGCAAGCGGAACAAACAGCUUUCCAAAGGAGGGGGGGAAAAAUAAAUAAAAGUUGAAGCUCUUGGC